AUGGAAUUGUUACAAUUACAAGACUUGCAUGCGAGUGUGCAAGCAGCGGCAGAGAAACAUGAAACAAUAGUUGAGCCUAUCCAGGAGGCAGCCCCUAAGCCGAGACAGCUGAGUCCUACACCCAUGGUUAAUAAUAUAGUCAAGAGAAGGAAGAAUAACUUUGUUGUUAAGUAUGCGAUUGGUGCGGUUAUGAUUUCGAUCUGGAUCUGGCGAAAGUGCAAUAUAGUGAAGGAAGAGAGCAUUCUCAUCGUACGGGAUCUUGGUGUACAAGUGAAGACUGUAUAUAUGGAUGGUCGAUGUAUCUCACACUUUAUUGAUCAUUCUCGCAUAGCUGAUAUCAUCAUCAACGAAGGUAUUACUAUGUUGCAGGUGAAAUUCUAUAUGGCAAUUAUCGUUGAAGGCCAAGAUCGCAUGGUAAUUGUGUUUGAGCAUUUAUUACCACGUUUGAGCAUUCUUCUAAGAGUGUAUCGUGGAACAAGAGCAAUUAUAUUUAAUGAGACUGAUGAACCAAUGCAUCCAAAUAGCUUUGUCUAA